GUGAUCAAGCAGCCUGUCCCACUCACCCACACACACAGGCUAUGCGACACACACCAGCAUACGAACGGGCGAACGAAAGAACAAAGCAGACGACAACAAACCCCAUCGUCAGGCAGACCCUCCCCUCUUCUACUCAAGCAUUCAAUAAGUGCACUCACCAGCCAGCCAGCCACCGGGCCACUCACUCACUCAGCCCACCACUAUGCCACCAUUAAUAACCGCGUCUUCGAGGUUGAUGAGUUGCCCUCCUCCGUCGGGGGGUCGGGACUCGCUCCGCGUUCCGGCGGCCGCGUCGCGAAAUGCAUGCAAAGCCCCCAAGCUCGCAUGCAAGCCCCCAUCGAAGACGGUACCGAAUGAAAAAGUCUCGAUGGCCCCAAUUACGAACGAACAAACGAACACGAACUUCGGGUAAGAGCGUGCCUCGCUCGCUAAAAGCUCGCGAGUCCCGAAAUCGUCGCUGCGCAGCACACUGCAGAGGGGCAUCGACACUGGGUAGCGGACGGCCACCUCCAUCUGACGAUGUGAUUGCGAUGUGACGAUGUGACGAUGUCAGCCCUUGGCGGCGACAAACCGAAAUGGCUCAAGCUUCGUUCAUCUUCUUAGCCCGUCAACGAGAGCCUCACGGCGGCAUUCAAAACCCGAAAUGCUCGUCCACCCACCGCUGGAAAGUGGCCAGCAGCUCCAUCUCGCCACCGGCCUCUAGCUUGACGGCAACACGCGCCCGCUCCUCCCCCUUGACGGAGUCCUCCCCAGCCUCCAUUGGCUCAUCCACGGCUUCCCGCUUGAGCUCGGCACACUCCUCCUUCUUGACCGCCCCCUCCACCUUGGCCCUCUUACUACCCGCGCUUUUGCUGGCGCGCCGCUCUUUGCGGGGCCUCUUGUCGUGCUUGCCGGUGGGUGGAUGGUCUGUGGAUGGUUGCUGAGAGGCGGCCUUCGCCGCAUUGUAGGAAGCGAUGAGCGCAGCGACGACAGGGCAGUGGCCGCCUGACGAGGCAGCGGGACAAUCAGGCCUGGCGCAAGUGGGACACCGCUUGCGACGUCCUCCCUCAACAGACGGAUGAAACAGGGAUGGCGGUGAGAAGAGUGGCGAUGGGCCGGCGGAAGGGGGUGGACCGCCAGUACCGAUGGGUCCGGACGGCGUCGAUGGCACCAGCGCCCCAUCUCCAGCGACGGGGGUGCCUGGGGUCAUCCGCGGAUCACCCCAAUCCAUCGCAAGGAGUGAUCAACGGAUAUGGGGCAGAUCCGCCUGAC